GACUAGCAUGGCAGCCUACAAUAAGAAGUUGAGAUGCUUAAUUUUGGAUUAACACGUGUAUUUAAAUCAUUAAAUGAGUUAUGGGUGUCGUUUUUAAUUUAGCUAGUCGGUAACUAAGUCUGCAGCUCUGUAAACAUGGCGGGGGUCAUUCGGAGACUCGACGAGACCGUGGUGAACCGAAUAGCGGCGGGGGAGGUUAUCCAGCGUCCUGCCAACGCCGUCAAAGAAAUGAUAGAAAACUGUUUAGAUGCAAAGUCUACAAACAUCCAGGUGACGGUGAAAGACGGUGGGUUGAAGCUCCUCCAGAUUCAGGACAACGGCACCGGCAUCAGGAAAGAAGACAUGGAAAUAGUUUGUGAACGUUUUACCACCAGUAAACUCCAGACGUUUGACGACCUCUCAUCUAUUUCAACCUAUGGAUUCAGAGGAGAGGCUCUGGCCAGUAUCAGUCAUGUUGCCCAUGUGACCAUCACCACUAAGACCGCUGAUGCUAAAUGCGCUUACAGAGCCAACUACAGCGACGGUAAACUGAAAACUCCUCCCAAACCCUGCGCUGGAAACCAGGGAACACAGAUCCUGGUGGAGGACCUGUUCUAUAACGUGUCCACCAGGAGGAAAGCUCUGAAGAGUCCUGGUGACGAGUACUCGAGGAUCAUAGAGGUGGUCAGCAGAUAUGCCAUUCACAAUUCAGGGAAAAGUUUCUCAGUGAAGAAGCAAGGAGAGACUGUGGCUGACGUGAGGACUCUCCCCAACGCGUCGGUGGUGGAUAACAUUCGAGGUGUUUUUGGAAACGCUGUCAGCAGGGAGCUGAUCGAGGUCGGCUGUGAGGAUCAGAAGCUCAACUACAAGAUGAAAGGCUACGUCUCAAACGCAAACUACUCCAUGAAGAAAUGCAUUCUGGUUCUUUUCAUCAACCAUCGCCUGGUGGAGUCAAGUGCUUUGAAGAAGGCGAUCGAGACCGUUUAUGCAGCAUACCUGCCCAAGAACACACACCCUUUCCUCUAUCUCAGUUUAGAGAUCGCGCCCCAGAAUGUAGAUGUAAACGUCCAUCCAACCAAACACGAGGUUCACUUUCUACAUGAAGACAGCGUCAUUGAAAGCGUCCAGAAGCACAUUGAGGACAAACUCCUGGGCUCCAACUCCUCCCGUACUUAUUUCACCCAGACCCUGUUACCGGGUCUGUCGGUCUCAGGUGGAUCCGAGGUCAAACCCUCCAGCUCCACCUCAGAGUCUGGAGAGCGAGUCUACGCCCAUCAGAUGGUCAGGACCGACUGUCGAGCCCAGAAGAUGGACGCCUUCCUCCAGCCCAAAGAGAAACCGCCUCCAGAACCUGAACCGGCCGGUCCCAGCACCAGCGCUAGAGAGACCGGAACCAAACCGGCCCAGUCCAGCAGAGACCUGGAUGAGAUGGAUGAUGCAGAACUACUGGAGGCUGUGGCUGAACAGGAAGUGGAGGAAGCAAAAGGAGGCGGAGACAGAAGCGACAAAGCCUGUGAUAUUCAAAGGAAGCGUCCAAGGGUAGAACAGCAGCAGAAGAAGCAGCAGCAGGAGGAAGAAAAGGAGGAGGAGGAGGAUGUGACAGCAGCGCAGACGCCGAAGAGACGAGUCAUUAAACUGACCAGCAUCAAAGAGCUGAGAGCGGAGAUCACAGAGAACACACACAAAGGUCUCCAGGAGAUGCUGCAGAACCACUCGUUCGUGGGCUGUGUUAAUCCCCAGUGGACCCUGAUCCAACAUCACACCAAACUGUACCUGCUCAACACCAGCAAACUCAGCCAAGAACUUUUCUACCAGAUACUGAUCUACGACUUCGGGAACUUUGGUGUAUUAAGACUUUCUACUCCAGCUCCUCUUUACGACCUGGCCAUGUUGGCUCUGGACUCAGAGGACAGCGGCUGGACGGAGGACGACGGUCCCAAAGAGGGUCUGGCUCAGUACAUUGUGGACUUCCUGAAAAAGAAAGCAGAGAUGUUGGAGGACUAUUUCUCCUUGGAGAUAGACCAGGAAGGGAACCUGACUGGACUCCCGUUACUGUUGGAUCAGUACACCCCUGUGAUGGAGGGACUGCCCAUGUUCAUCCUCCGCCUGGCCACAGAGGUGAACUGGGACAAUGAGAAGGAGUGUUUCAGAGACUUCAGUAAAGAAUGCAGCAUGUUUUACUCCAUCAGGAAGCAGUACAUCCUGGAGGCUGAACCUGGAGAAACACAGGACGUGGAGUCGAAGUCGUGGCGUUGGAAAGUGGAACACGUCCUCUUUAAGGCCUUCCGCUCUCUGUUCAGUCCUCCUCGGGGCUUCAGUGAAGACGGGACCGUCCUGCAGAUCGCCAACCUCCCCGACCUUUACAAAGUGUUUGAGAGAUGUUAACGGGACCGAAACCCCUAACGGACGCUGCAGCAGUCGACGUCAGACCAGCUGGGAGUCUGCGCCGCACGCUUCACAUCAGACUUUCUCUGUUUAUGUUUCAUUUCCUGUCUCUGCGUCGUCUUUCCAUCCUUUGGUCCCAGAGGUCUCAUUUGUCUCCUCAGCGUUUUCCAAAGCUGCAGAUGCUGCCGUUUUUCACUUUCUGUAAAUAAACACUUCAUGAAACAGGA